UGGGUAGCAAUUCUGUUAUAUGUUUUAGAACUCAGCGAAAUAAAACCAACAAAAAAAACUGCAUCGAAAUCGAUGCAAGUUUAACGGAGUUAUUUGGGGAAAACCCAAAUUCACACCUGAGCGACUUUGUGAAUCGCGCGGUUUUGGUCCUUGGCACCCACAAUGCACUAGUGUGACGUCACUACAUGGACCGACCAUUUUGAAAACAAAGGAGAGAGUGAAUUUUCGAGGACGUUUUUAGAGCUUUAUUUAUAUUUCUAGUGACUUUUGUGAACUUUUGUUGUACAGCGAUCGUAGUAUGUAGUGUGUAGUUUGUUUAAAAUUAGUUUUUAGAAUUUUUUCCAUUGGAUUUUUGUGAAAUUUUCGUGUGAACUGAGGAUGUCGGAGACCCCCGUCCCCAGAGCAGAUUCCAGAGGAAGACGAUGUGUCGCGGGCGGCUGCAGCAACACAAAGAUAGAGGGAAUUAGCCUACACUACUUUCCCUUUGACAGACCUGCCGUUUUGCGAAGAUGGAUACAGUUUGUGCAACAGUACAGACGAGAUUGGAAGGGUCCCUCGAAGACGUCCACGUUGUGCUCCGUUCACUUCACUGAGGAUGCGUACCCUGCCAAGUACAAGAUUAUGGAGUCGAUGGGAGUGACAGUAUCCAGAAAGGACCUCAAUAAGGAUGCCAUUCCUACACUGCAGACGAAAGUGGACCCUUGCACCACACCGGCAUUGGCACUUGGGAAACGGAAAGCCCAUCCUACGACUCCUCUUACUAGCACCCCGAAGAAGCCUAGGAGGGCUUAUCUCAGGAGGGAAUCCAAAAGAAUAGUAUUAGAGUUUGAGCAGGCAAGGAGAGAGUCCAAGUCCGACACCCUAACUGAAGCUGGCCGUGACAGAUGUAAUCCCCAGGGGGUUGAAGGCACACAGACAGAGCAGCAGAGGUCUGACGAUACAUGGCAGCAGGGGUCGGGUGAUGCACCAGAGCAGCAGAGAUCUGACGAUAUACCAAAGCAGCCGGGGUCUGACAAUACACCAGAGCAGCAGAGAUCCAUUAACACACCAACCAUUGAAUUAGAUGAAGAGAGAUGUACCAUUGUCGUAGAGAUGGUUGCAAAAGAGACAAGGACUGUAGGGUGCCAACGCUCCUUGACUAAGCCAAUGAGAAAGUCCCACUACACCCAAACCAAAUGGAAGACCAGCGACAAAGUGGUGCAGGCAGGUAAUCCUGUGAAGACCAGGGAUGUUGGAAUUGCCUGUGAACUUCUGCCAGCUCCUCCCCUAAGACGACUUGGAGAACCAGAGACACCUGUACUACAUGAAGAGUGUGCUGACACAACGUUCCUCUAUUGGUACGGAUGACGGUUCAGAUGAGGAGGACGAAUCAGUUCACGACUCAUUCAGUAGCAUUGACUCAGAAGAUUUGCUGGAAGCCGACAGAGGGGAUAGGAGAGGAAUGAAGUUUAUAGUGUACCAUAGUCAACUCAUGGAUCUCUUUGCGACAUGCCCAAGAUGUGCCAGCCCAUCCUUGGCAGACAUCGUUCACUCAAAGGGAACCUUCAUUUCUGUUCGUCAAGAGUGUG